GGAGGAAUGAUGCUUUUUGCUAGGUAAGGACCAUCACAUGCUAACCCAAGGGAAAAGCAAAGCAUAAAUUGAAAGUGGCAGCAUAGUUAAGUUUAUACAAAUAUAAAGAUCCAGUUUUCUAAUCCCUGAAGCAGAAAUUCCGCAUAACUCACACUAAUCUCUCCACAAACAUUCCACAUGGGGCACUGCUUCACCAAACAGCACAGCAACAACAGAGUACCAAUCAACUAUGUCUCUGAUUCACCAUCCCAUCCUUACCAUCAAUUUCCACAAAGAACCCAACAACAACCUCAGCCUCAACCUCAACCUCAACCUCGUUACCCAUAUCAUGCUCCAAAUUCAGACCCAUCUCCAUCUCAAACUGCAUCAUCAUCGUCAUUAUUAUCCGCUGGUCAACCUAUAUUAGGCAAACCAUACAUUGAUAUUAAGGUUCUUUACACUCUUGAGAAGGAACUUGGAAGGGGUCAAUUUGGUAUCACUUAUCUUUGCAUCGAAAAGGCCACAAAACGAAAGUAUGCUUGUAAGUCCAUUGCAAGGAGAAAGCUAACUAGAAAGAAGGAAAUUGAGGAUGUUAAGAGGGAAAUUAUGAUCCUUCAGCACCUAACGGGACAACCCAACAUCGUUGAGUUCAAGGGUGCUUAUGAGGAUAAGCAAAAUGUGUAUUUGGUGAUGGAGUUGUGUCAGGGUGGUGAGCUUUUUGAUAGGAUCAUUGCAAAGGGUAUUUACUCUGAGGGUGAAGCUGCCUCUAUAUUCAAACAAAUUGUGAAUGUGGUUCAUGCUUGUCAUUUUAUGGGGGUGAUGCAUAGGGACCUUAAGCCCGAGAAUUUCUUGCUUGCUAGUAAAGAUGAAAAGGCACCCUUGAAAGCCGCAGAUUUUGGUUUGUCUGUCUUCAUUGAAGAAGGGAAAAUGUAUAAAGAAGUUGUUGGAAGUGCAUACUACAUAGCUCCAGAGGUAUUAAAACGGAAUUAUGGAAAAGAGAUAGAUGUGUGGAGUGCAGGAGUUAUUUUAUACAUCCUCCUAAGUGGGGGGCCUCCAUUUUGGGCUGAAACCGAGAAAGGCAUAUUUGAAGCUAUUUUGGGAGGUAAGCUCAAUCUGGAGAGCGCACCAUGGCCUUCUAUUUCAGAAGCUGCAAAAGAUUUGAUAAGGAAAAUGUUGACUCUUGAUCCCAAGAACCGUAUUACAGCUUCUGAUGCCCUUGAACACCAAUGGAUGAAGGAAGGUGGUGAAGCAUCUGACAGGCCUUUAGACAAUGCUGUUUUAAUUAGGCUGAAACAGUUCAGAGCAAUGAACAAGAUGAAGAAACUUGCUUUAAAGGUAAUAGCAGAAAACCUUUCAGAGGAAGAAAUCAUAGGCUUGAAACAAAUGUUCAACAAUAUGGAUACUGAUCGCAGUGGCACAAUCACGUAUGAAGAACUCAAAUCUGGAUUGUCCAGAUUGGGAUCCAAGCUAAGUGAAUCUGAAAUAAAGCAGCUAAUGGAUGCUGUAAGUUUAGAUCAUGCAAGAAUUAAUAAAUUAUGGUGCACACUCUUCUUUCUUCAUAUGUUUGCUCAGGCUGAUGUUGACCAAAGCGGGACUAUUGACUAUCAGGAAUUCAUUACUGCCACUAUAAACCGACAUAAACUUGAGAAGGAAGACAUUUUGUUUAAGGCUUUUCAAUACUUUGACAAGGAUAACAACGGUUAUAUAACAAGAGAUGAGCUUAGACAAGCUUUGACUAAAUAUCAAAUGGGAGAUGAAGCAACAAUUGAUGAAGUCAUCGAUGAUGUUGACACUGACAAAGAUGGUAACAUUAAUUACCAGGAGUUUGUAGCUAUGAUGAGAAAGGGGACCCUGAAUAAUUAUGAAAAAGACAAACCACAAUAAUUAUGAGAAAGGUUUGAGAGUUGUUCUAGAAAAAACUCUUUUCUAUCUUCAUUUGAUGUUCUAUUUAUAGUGAUCAGAUAGUGGCAGUUUUGUGAUUAUUGUAGCUUGUUCCUUUUACUGUUAGAUUAAGGAAUGCUUCGUCUUUUUGAAUUGGAUGGUUGAAAAUGACUGAGUUGUUCUUGCUUUUCUUUCUCUUGUAUCUGAUUCUGAUUUUGUGAGAACUAUUAUCCACUUCUUUCCCUGCCUUGAUGUCAUGAUUGCCAUGUUAAUGGGUAUCUUUUCUUACUUUUCUUUUUCUUUUU